AUGGCAAAUGGCAAUCGACGGCAGCAGACCCACGCUCUGGGUCCAAUCCCGCUCAGUGCCGGCGAGAUCGAGCUGUACGCGCGUCAAGAUGAGAUGACGCGUCGCCGCCGUCGUCUCUUGGCAAUGCGAGAGGAGGAGCGACGUUUAGCCCAGCAAGUGACGCAGCGCUAUCGCAAUAAUCUGAAAAAACUGCAGCACUGGAAAAGUCUUGAGUUGCAAAAGGAGGUGGAAUCCGAGCCACAAAAGAUCGAACAUGGCAAUCAGGUGGAGAAAUGUUGUGGCAGACGGAAAGAGUGGACAAUUUAUGAUGCGCAAAGAGUUUUGAAAGACGACUUGGCCGUGCAAAGUGCGAGACGGCGGCGCAUGAAGCAGAAUGAUGCGAAAGGAAAGACUGUGAGUAGAUUGCAGACAAGACAAGCUAGUUCUCGAGAUCAGGCGAAGCAGGAACUCGCUCAAGUACGAGCGGGGAGUGAUGCGGAUGAUACUCGAUCCGUCACUUUGGCUGAUUCCAAAAACAAGCGCUCGAAUGGUGAUAUGAUUGUAGAUGGUGAGUCAAGAGGCAGCGGUAAGCUUGAAGCUCCUGAGCACAGCAUUUCUAUUGACAUGAAUGGCGAGAUAAAGUCUGGUGUUUUGGCCACAAAUGGUGGACAUGAUGAACGAUCGAGCCCCGCAUGUGAACGGGACUUGAUUACGACUACAUUGGGAGGCUUGCGAUGUGAAGAAACUGGGAAACGUGUGACGUCGAUGGACAGACGCGACAUAGGUGCACUAGAAGAUUUCAUCGUACCUUUAGAACCGCUUGAUGGGUACCGAAACAGCGAGUUGAAGAACAAGGCUGACAUCUUGAAGACAAAAGUGAGUAGGGGCUGCAGUGAGCACGGUUGUAACGGGUUGAUUAAGACACAACAGCUGCAGAGGUAUGAACUUGUAAGAGAUCAUCAAAACUUAGCACCUCGCACGAAACAGCGCCGAUGCUGCUCCAUGUCUAAAGAAUAUGGAAGGCUCGAAGGUAAAGAAAGCGAGAACAGAUUGGGCAGGCUUGUGGAGACCGAAUGUUUAGAAAAAGAGGCUGCAGAGUGCUACGGCAUUACGUCUUUCGUUGCUCCCUCCAGGGAUCACAAGAAAAUGCUACCGUUGAAUACAGGGCAAUCGGGAAAGCACAAGAACGUUCGUGAUCGACCGUUCCUGGAGAUGCCUGAUGCGCAAUGGAAUGAGCUCGUGACUAGAAGUGAUCGGCAUUCGUCUGGCAUCGAAACGUACCGAAAUAAUAUCGACAAGGCAAGACAGCGACCUGAACAUUUACCCACGUCAAGGUUAGCCGCGACCCACUCUACAUCCCAUGAUCCGAGUGUCUCACUGCAGCAUUUAGCAAGGGGCGAAGGAGACGAAAAAGCGCUUCGAUGCAGAACAGAGCACAGUAGAGCUUGCUCGUCCAUGCAUUCUGCUGAAAACAAAAGUACGGCUUCAACGAACGAUUCCUACAAAGAAGCUGACCGUGCAUCUGCUGCUGAGCAUGACAAAAAAUGUCGGUCAGCUAUCUCUAAAUCGAGAAAUUCGCAUGGAAAGAAAGUUUGCGACAAGGGUGCCGAUUUUGAUGAAAAAAGCUUUGAUGCAGAAGGGCAGUUGUCAUUGUCUGCAUUAUCUGGUUCUGUCAGCCAGAAAUCUUUAUCGCGACUCGAUGAAAUGGUCAAUGACAGGGCGAGGUACUCGAAUCAUCUGGCUAUGGAUGUGGAGUGGAAGCUGUUAUCAUCCGUUUCGUCUGGUACUGUCAGCCAGAUAUCGUUGUCGCGACUAUCCGAAGUGGCAAAUGGAAGGGCAAGGACGCUGGGUCAUCGCUUUGCAGAUCCAAACAUGACGAUCUUCUCGGAGUCUGAGGACCUUAGUACGAAUGAGGGAAACUCUGAGACUGAAUCGUGUUAUCCUCCUCUCGAUAGCGACAGUGGGCACUCUUUUGUGGCUCUCUAUCCUUCCCACCCGCAUCACCGAGACAUGUAUCGAGAAGCACGGAGACAUAGUACUUCAGCUGCGUCUGUCACCCAGUACUCGUUACCACUUUCAGAUGCACAAAGCUCAUUUGAUGAAAGCUUAGAUCAAGUGCACCCUGGUCAUCCCACUGAUGAUAGCUUCGUAAAUGAACUGGUCCCGUUCCUUCCUACGUUCGUGUCGCCAUCAGUUUCGCACUCAUCCGACGAGGGUAACGAAGUGUCAGAGGAGCUUUCAGAUCAGCUGAUUGAAGCACAAAAUAGCGGAAGAUCAACAGCUGAGCAGCUUGCGUCCUCGGGACGAAAAAGUAGACAACGUCCAAGCUACCAGGACCAUCAGGCUGCUGCAACUGAAUAUUCACGUUGUCAAGCAUUUGCGAGUGGGAUUCGGAAAACAACUGGUGAACAUGCAUCGACUCGUGUUGAUGAGAGGGAUUUUGUGCUAUCCAGUGGAUGGAAUUCCUCGACUUCUUCCGUCUGCGGACAAGACGCCGAGAGUUUGAAUGCGUCAGCUGGUCCGCCAUGCGUACGACGGCACACAGAGACUGGACCGAUCGAACGAAGUGAGACUGUUGAGGCUGAUAUUCGUCCACUACCUGUGAAUCGGCAAUCUCGACGGUAUGAACGCGAUGUUAUGUCCGACGUUUCCGUCGAGUCAAAUGUGUCUAGCCUUGCUGUCCAAUUAGAGGCCGCAGCUGUCACUACUCGGUGGAACACCAGGGACGAUGGACAAGGAGACAUUGACCGUGAAUACACUGAACAGGAUGGUCAUCAAUACCAACAGGUCGAGGACUCACUUUUUGACCAAAUGGUGGAUGCGCAAAGCGUUACUUCUGACCAAAGUUAUGCAUCGAGUUGA